GAGGUCGUCCGAGUCCGGCUACCUCGCAACACGCCUCAAACGACUUGGCUCAGACUCUUUACCUGGACAACUCUCGGACUUCACACUCCUUGUCUCUCCUGCUCCUUUCUAUUCUAUACAUCAAUAUGUUUUCUUGCAUCUCCCCCCAGUCUCAAGCUAUUCUCAGCCUUAGCUCUACGCUGCAACGUCCCUCGACGUCUCGCUUAACACCGUUCCUUAUACGCGGUCUUCGCUGUACACCUCGCUCUCAUUCUUCUCAGUCUUCGCAACCUCGACGGAAUUGUAGUUCAUGUCCCCCUUCAAGACCACAUCUAAUAGCCUCACCUUCCCCACCACAUCCGAGAUACUUCUCGGCCACUUUGGGUCGAUCGGACUUUCACUUUGACACUCACCAUUUCGUGCAGAGACUUGAACGAGAGGGUUUGAAUCGAGCUCAAGCCGAAGGUAUCAUGUCCGCUAUGGCCGAGGUCAUCGAUGAGAGUAUAAGAAAUAUGACCACUAAUAUGGUCACUAAAGCCGAUCAGGAGAAGCACCACUACACCCAACAAGUAGACUUUGCACAACUCAAGUCCGAGCUGCAACUCAUGGAACAGAAUGAUCUCUCUAUGAUCAAGGCGGAGAAUGACCGUCUUAUGACAGAUAUCGAGAAGCUGAAGCAGAGGUUGCGUGAAGAAAUUACACGGACUCAAGCAGGCGUUCGGUUGGAUUUGAAUUUGGAGAAAGGCAGGUUGAGACAGGAGGCUAGUAGUCAAGAGCUGAAGGUCAAGGAAGUCGAUACGAGGAUUGAGCAGGAGAUCGCUGCGCUUAGAACAGCAAUUCAGGCUUCCAAGGCUACUACGCUACAAUACCUCGUUGGUUUCGUCACUGGUUGCUCUGCUCUGCUCAUGGCGUACUUGCGAUUCCGAGUAUGAUGCCAUCUCAACAUCUUACCAUUCAUUCCCGCUUCCGUAGGAUCAUUGCAUUCUAGUGAGGCCGAUCACAUUUCGAGGCCUGACAAUCAUCAUCAUCAUACCAUCAGACCAUCUAUCACAUAAUUCCCUGGGUCUGUACACUCUAAGUCCAUCAUGUAACACUAUACCAUGGAAGCCGUAGUUGAAACGGACAUCUAAUCAUCUAGCGGAGGCAGCUGGUCGCCUUUGAUCUUUUCUCCUAGUGCGACUCUUUUGAAUAGAUCAUACGCCCUCUCAAGUUCAUCGUUCACAAUCACAUAGUCAUGAGCGCCCUCCUUGGCGUACUCUAUCUCCUUGAAUGCGGUGGUGAGCCUUUUAGCGAGGGAAGACUCGUCUUCUGUUCCCCGGCCUUGCAAACGGAGACGGAGUGACUCGAGAGUGGGGGGCGAAAUGAAGAGGUAGACAGGAUUCAGAUUGGUUGCUUUUACUUGGCGAACGCCCUAAAGGAUACAAAAGAAAGAGACAUGGGGGCUGCGUACGUAUUCUGAACCAUAAGGACGGGAGUGCGUAGGCUGCACACACCUGCGCCUCGAUAUCCAGCAAACAUCUCCGGCCGCCUUUUGAGACUUCGCGGACAGUCAUGAAGCUUGUACCGUAGUAGUUGCCAGAGAACUCGGCGUAUUCGAUGAACGCGUUUUCCUUGAUGAGCUGUUGGAAGCUGUCACGGGUAACGAAGUAGUAGUGCUUUCCGUCUUGUUCGCCUGCCCGCGGGGGGCGCGUGGUGUCUGUGACGGUGGCGGGGAUAUAAUUAGAGGCCUGCAAGAAAGCGCGGCACUGGAAUGGGCUCACGAGAAACACUGAAGCCAAACUUGUCGGGGAAUUCUGUGAACAGCCGCUGCAAGAGCGUGCUCUUUCCGACACCGGAGGGACCGGAGAUGACCAGAGGGCGCAGAAAAUCAGGCAGGGGGGACAUGGUGGGUGUCGUGCUGCAGGUGGGGAUCGUGGUAUCUAUAUGGUGCGUGUUGUAUCAGGGCUUGCAGGACAAAGAAGGGAACUUUGGAGAAAU